AUGUCUUGGAUUGCUACAAUUGCUCUCUCUGAGUUUGUAUCCCGUAGUUGGGAGGGGGUCUGCCGCAGCAUGCCCUCAAGCAAGCUUUGCACAUUGGAGAGCUAUCGCUUCAGAAGCUGGUCGCAUACGUUGACACAACUAUCAAGUGCUCUUGAGGACCCAGGCGUUGAUUUUAAGUCGAUCCAGAAGACGUUGAAAGGCGAGCAGGACAUUCUGAACUCCGUUCGAGGCUGCGACUACACAACAAACAUUCCUUUGCUACGCACGAUAAGCAAGCUGAAUACGUCUCUGGUCCAGGCACUACCUUUCGAGUACAAAACUCAGUUUAAAAGGCAUCUAGUAGACCAAAUCCUGCAAACAUCGGAUAUAAACGAACUGGGCAAUAUGUCUACUACUUUGAAAGAGGGUCCCGAUCAUGACGUUGGGACUUUGAUAGCCAUGCAGCGUCUCAUAGUCCUUGCCGACCAAGGUAAUCUGACAGACCAUAAGGGUCUGGUGCUAGACGAAGCAGCGGUCACAAUCGGAGCAGACCUAGGCAUCCAGUCCCUUGCGAGACUUCAAGGAGAGUACAAGGACGUCAUAGUUGAAUGGCUCAGAUACGAUGGCUCGUGGGCCGACAAAUCAGUUUCUUCGCGACUACUAAAGCGUUUGUCCACAAUGGCUAGUUUACUCAGCGACAAGGCCACACAAAGGCUUACAGGCACACUGCAAUGCCAGGGGUACUUCCAUGAACCUGCACGAAACUGCUUCGGCUUAGUUUAUAUGAUCCCUACAACUGAUCUCACGCCUCGGACCCUUUACCAGCUGAUCGACGAGAUGGUGCCUGAAAAGAAGAAGCCUCGUUUCAGACCGCCACUGGAAUAUCGCUUCAGGCUCGCGUUGGAUCUGUGUCGAUCUGUUCAAGCACUCCACAAGAUCAACUGGCUGCACCGAAACAUCCACUCCAUGAACGUCAUUUGCCUCUCGCCGCCUGGUGUCAGAGAUGCUGAGGCCGCCCAGGAUAUGCGACUUAUGGGCCUUGGUGCUAGCAGGGAGGACACCCACGACUCUUUCACGCAAGGCCACGAUGAAGAGGCGCAGCUUCGCAAUUACCAACAUCCAUCUUAUCUUGGCGGAGCACGCUAUCAAGUGGAGUUUGAUUGCUACUCUCUAGGUCUGGUUUUGCUUGAGAUAGGUCUAUGGUCAACACUGAGCCGGCUGGGGAAGGGGUUCAAAGGCAUGGAUGAUGAAGCUUUCAGACGGAACAUCAUUCAGAAGUAUGUGACCCAGCUUGAAAUGACCAUGGGGUCCAAUUAUAUGGAAGCUGUGCGCUGGUGCAUUGAGUGUGAACCUGUAUCAAUCCCUCAGCAAGGGUCUCAAUCUCAGAGCUUGGAAGAGAUGGUCAUGGGCCGUUUGCACAUACUCUGA